AUGGAGUCGUUAAGGAUAUCCGAGUCACCGAGACUCGACACUCUACCUACCGACAUCCUCCUGAUCGUGCUUUCAUACUUGGAUACUGCCCGGAGCAUAGGCCGGCUCGCGUCAACCUCCCGCGGGUUGAAUCAGCUGGUGCUGAGCAGCGGGUGGCGCAUCUUCGUCACGACCUGCUUCAGGAGCAUCUCACUUCCGCCAACCAACUCUGAGGAGGCCUGGAAGGGGCUUGCGAGGUCUUUGACGGCGCAGUCCCGGGAUUGGGAUAGGCGUGCUUUCGUCUUCCACUCUCUUUCGCCACCAGAGAAGCGUCAGCCAAAUGGACGGAGAUACCAUCACCCUAACCUUCAGUCAAUACCCGGCAAUAUCAUCGUGGAUGCUCACGCAUGGUGUCGAGGCGGAAGCGAACAGGAACUCGUGGUGUGGGGCGCCGGUGAAGACGUCAUCGCUCGCCUGAGACAAAGGCAUCAUAGCAGCACCCAUGGUCCUCAAGAAACAUGGCAGAGCUACAAGGGCUCUCAGUCAGGUUACUCUGCUGGAAAGGACGACACGACGGCCAUAUCUAUCCUGAGACGACCAGAAUAUAAAGAUGAGGGUGUUCUCGUCGGCAGAGCUAACGGUGACCUACAAUUACUAUCAACGGACGGCGCAAGCUUCGGUCACACUGUCAAGCGCUUUUCGCCGUCAUCGACGGCAGAACGUGCUAUCGAGCAGAAUGAAAUCCAAACCCUCGAUUUUCAUUCCAGAAGGAGCAUGCUUGCGGCUGGUACCAAGGAGAACGUUUUACUCUAUUCGCUCGAUGGACAAGCCAACCACGAAGAGUCCAAUGCCGUCCAUGACGGUCUAGACCCUACUAUCGAGCCUACAGAGGCCAUAUCCCUCAAGACCGCGUCCGGCUCAGCACCAUUCGAGUUCAUCCGGUCUAUGAAGUUCCUGAACCAAGAGACGUUGGCGGUUGCUUUGAACAGGAGCUUCAGCCCAAUCCAGUACCUGACCAUGACUCCAGCUGGUGUCGAGGUUUCCAGUUCUGCCAAACUGGCAGACGAGUAUCCCUCCCUGAAGUCCCACCCUCGGACAGUACGAUCACUUCUGCCGAUAGAUAUCAGGUCGGUUGCCGGUGGUGGGGGCAAUGCUCUCUUGAGCUCAUGGGAUGAUGGCACAAUCCGGCUUCAGGACCUUCGGACACCGUCAGCAGUCGACCGAAUAUACCAAGACAAUUUCGAGGUUUCGACGCCCAUCAACGCUCUAGUCUCGCACGGCCUUGAGAGGUUCGUUGCGGGGAGCGCCUACUCCCAUAUGCUGAAGAUCUUCGAUUUUCGCUGGUCCAAGGGGUAUUACCAAUCGGAGUCAUUACCCUGUAGCAACGACCGCCCCUACCCUACUCCCAAGCCACCUACCAUCGUCGCCGAACCUGAUUUCUCCGAUGACCGGCGGCACUGCCAUUAUGUGAAGGGCCGCCCGUGUCGGUGGCAUGCUUUGUCGAGGCAUGAUUUCUACCGGCCCAACUGCAACGUCUAUCUACCCUUCAAGAACUACGCUAGCUCGCCUAUCUAUUCGCUCGCCAAAUCUUCAGACGCCUCUCCAACCAUUUAUGCCGGGCUGUCGGGGUUGCUCGUCGAGGUUACGCUGAAGAGCGGCAUGGGGGAAGCCCCUCCGCAGUCCGCCACCGCUGCUUUGUACUCACGGCAAAGGGGCAAGGUCGCUAUCCUUGAAACAGGUGACGGGUCCGCGAUAACGGACAUCAGUAAAUGCCAGCGCGUACCUGAGAUCCGACGUCAGUCUUUCAGUGGCGACUAUACCGAUAAUCCUAUGGCAAGGCGGCGGCACCGGCUUGACGAAGCACUUCAGAAUUCCUCGGAACUGCCUAUUGACGAACCCAACACAUGA